AGAGUUCAAAAGGAGCGGGCGAGCGCCGGCGAGCCACAGUGGUUCUGACGCUUGAAUUUGACAAGAGAAGCAGUAAAGUUAGGAGCGGACUUAAGACGUGCAGCAUCGCGCAGAGCAUCAUGGCCAACAAAGCACAGCCUCCUCACCUGCACCUGGCCGAGGUCACUGCGUCCCAAUUUCUUGACAUCUGGAAACAUUUUGACGCCGAUGGCAAUGGCUAUAUUGAAGGGAAGGAGUUGGAGAAUUUCUUUCGGGAGCUGGAAUCUGCCCGGAGGGGAGCUGGAGUGGAUCCUUCAAACCCAACCUUUCGAGAAAAGAUGAAGGAGUUCAUGCAAAAGUUUGACAAGAAUAAAGAUGGAAGAAUUGAGAUGUCAGAGCUGGCCCAGAUUCUCCCUACUGAAGAGAACUUCUUGCUCUGCUUCAGACAAUUUGUCAGUUCCAGUGCUGAGUUCAUGGCGGCAUGGCGUCGAUAUGAUACAGACCGCAGUGGCUACAUUGAAGCAAAUGAAUUAAAGGGCUUUCUGUCGGACCUCUUGAAGAAGGCUAACAGACACUACGAUGAGCAGAAGCUUAUGGAAUACACACAAACCAUACUCAGGAUGUUUGAUCUCAAUGGAGAUGGAAAACUAGGCCUUUCAGAGAUGGCAAGACUCCUACCUGUUCAGGAGAAUUUCUUGCUUAAAUUCCAGGGUGUCAAGCUGACCAGUGAGCAGUUCAAUGCAAUCUUUGCAUACUACGACAAGGAUGGUAACGGCUACAUUGACGAGCAGGAGUUAGACGCCCUGCUACGCGACCUUUGCCAAACCAACAAGACGGAGGCAGACUUGCAGAACCUGACCGGCUACAAGCGGAGCAUCAUGAGUCUUUCUGAUGGAGGGAAGCUCUACCGCGGAGAGCUUGAAAUCGUCCUCUGCAAGGAGCCACUUCAAUGAUUUACAUUCCUUUCCUGCUGUCUAUCCUUAUUAUAUUGUUGUGCCUGCCCUUCUCUCCCGGUAAAACACUCACUUCCUUAUACCUGGCAACAAAACACCAGGUGCAUGUGCAGGACCGACCUCUCAUCUUCUCCUAAAGCUAUUACUUCCAAAUGAUAAUAACUACAACAUAUCUCUUCGCCAUAAAAUGCUUGUUUUAGCAACCCGACCUAUGAAUCCGAAGAGGAUCUUUUCUGAAACACCCAGCAAGACAUUUUAUGCCAUUUGAAGACAUUUGAUUCUAUGAUAAAAGUUAACGUUCAAUGUUCGUUUAUGGCCAAUACUGUUAAUUGAAAAACUCAAUAAAACAUCUCAA